GGCCGCCCCGACUCCGGUGCCGCGGGGGGCACGGGGACGCUCUGCGCAUGCGCCCCGUCGCCGCGGGGCCCACCGGCUCGGGCCCGCCGUGCGGGGGCUCUCUGUGGCGCAUGCGCGCUGUGCGGCGGCGGGCGCGGGGGGGUGUCCGGCCCGAGGCGCUCGCUCCUCUGCGGAGGCGGCGGUAGCACCGGUAGCGGGACCGCACGCGGGGAGCUCGUCCGUCGGCGACAGCGGCUGGGGGAACGGGCCGCCCCCGGCAUGGGGCGCUGCUGGGGCCGCCCCCCUCGCCGGGCCCGGCGCGCCCCCGGACUCCGCUUGCGGCGCCGCCCGCGGGGCCUGUAGGGGCGGCCGCGCCGCGCCUGACCAGGGGGAGCGGCGGCAUGAGGAGCCGCUGCGGCCGCCGGCAGUGAAUGGGCGUCGCGGCGGAGCGGGAGGAGCCGGAGCCGCCGCCGCCGCUGCCGCGAUGGCUCAGGAGAAAAUGGAGCUGGACCUGGAGCUGCCGCCGGGGAGCGCCGCGGCCCCGAGCGACGGGGGCGGCCUGAGGAGAUCGAACAGCGCCCCCCUCAUCCACGGGCUCAGUGAUAAUUCACAGGUGUUCCAGGCUAACGUUUUGCGAACCCGCAGGAACAGUACCACAGUUAUGAAUCGUCAUAGUCUGUUUGUGCCAUCAUCUCCUAUCCGUAUUCCUAGCAGCCGCCUUCAUCAAAUCAAACAGGAAGAAGGAAUGAAUUUGAUGAACAGGGAAACAGUACAUGAAAGAGAAGUGCAAGUAGCAAUGCAGAUGAGCCACUCUUGGGAGGAGAGCUUGAGCCUGAGCGACAAUGAUUUUGAAAAAUCAUCCUCACCAAAGCAAGUAGACUUUGUCCCAGUUUCUCCAGCUCCUUCACCUACCAGAGGAAUAGGGAAGCAAUGUUUCUCGCCAUCUUUGCAAAGUUUGGUGAGUAGCAGUGGAUUACCUCCAAGUCCUAGCCCAAGCCCAACACGGCGAUUUUCAAGCAGGAGAAGCCAGAGUCCCAUUAACUGCAUUCGACCAAGUGUUCUUGGGUCAAUGAAAAGGAAAGGUGUGACGGAGAUAGAAGAUCAUCCAAAAAGAUUAUUCCAAGGAUCCACCAACAUGCUCACCCCUGAAGUCUCACAUCAGGCAGACCUUGGGGGAUGUCUGUCACAUGCUCUUGAUGACAACAGAAGCAGUGCAGGCUCUUCCUGUGACUCACCAGCUGAAGUUGGCACCAACACAGGCUCUCCGGUCUCGCUUUCUGACUCCAGAUCUCCUUUUUUACCAGUAGAUCUUACAGCUAAGUUACCUAUUGAUUGAGAAGGAGAAUUCUGCUAGUGGACACCAAGAAACAGGCUGGAUAUCAAGACGACUUUGUUGUGUGUAACUGAUUCUGUUCCUCAUAGGAACUUCCAGAAAUGUCGUUAUUUCUAGAAAACUUCCAGAAUAGUUCCUUGAGGAGGAAUUUGUGUUUCUAGUGAUUUGUAUGACAUUUACUAAAAUACAGUAAGCAUUUGAAUUGCAAACAUAUUUGAUGCUAACAUCAGUAAGCAAGCUGUUGAUUUCCAACGGGUAUCAUCUUGUUGGCCUAAGUUACAAAUACCGCAUGUGUGUUCUGCUUGUGGAAGACUUGGCUUUCCACCAGCCAGCGGGCAGUGUCCUCACUAACAUAAAUUGGUGCUUAUGUAGUAACAGAUAACUUUCACAUUUGUCCUCAGUCUGAAACCAAUGAAGCAGCUUACCAAUUUGUUUUUAUUCUCUGAGUAUUAGAUAUUUAUAUUUUUUGUUCUUCAUCUAGAAGAGGGAAUAUUAGGGGGGGAUCAGUUCUUGUGUUCUGUUAUGAUUGGCUGUUAAUCAAUUCUGUGUUCUAAUAGACAUCAAAAGAAGAAGUUGGUGAAUUGUCAACUUAAACUUAUAUGUUGGAUUUUAGUCAUGAUCAUGACUGCUGUUGUGACUAAAUCCAAAUUAGGCGUGGAACAUUCUUCUGGGGUUUUGUAUUUUUUUUUUCUUCCCCAUUUAGAUCAUGUAUUAGAGUGGUAGAUGCUCUGUUAAAGGUCUUUUAAUAGUGAAAAAUAGUAAUAAUGUUUGGAACAAAACAUUAAAUCCUGAGGUUUUAGUAUUUAGUACUUAAGUGCAUUAUUUUAACAGACAGUAUUUGUUGGACAAAUACAGUGAGGAAUCUUGAAUGCUUUCUACAGGGUGAGGCAAUCAAACAUGUUUAAUCUGUGUUUAAUCUCCUGAUGUCAUUUCCUCAAAUAAUGGCAUCGAGUUAUUUCUGCUGUUGAAAACUUCACAUGCUGAUUGGAAGCCUAGAAUUUGGUCCUCUGAGCUGUUUCAGGAUUCUUGUACUAUAUUUGAAAAGUCAGUGAGUUGAGGCAUCCUGAUCUCAACUCUGAGAUUCCCCAGACAGGAGGGAAGAUAUGCAAACCCCACCAUUGACAGCAGUUUCAGAUUUUCCAGGGGCAACCUCAUGUUGGUUGUUGGCUCCUGUUAUGCAAUUGGACUUCCCCAGCUGGGUCCCUGUUGGCACAUGUGCACGUGUCUGUACUGUGGGGUUUCAAGCCCCCUCUCCAGAGAGGUUAAUGACGAAGCAAAAUGUUUUAUUUUUAAACACUAAGUCUUUGUAACAUGUAAUAAAGUGAACGAAGUAUGGAAACUUCCUCAUGCAGGAGAAAAGCCCACUCUGGACUCUGCUGUGAAAAAUUCAUGUGGAUGAAACUAUGACUGACAGCAGCCAUCAAAAGUAGAAAUGGACGACUUGAAGUGCGAAGAGCUGGUGACCUGCGGACCAACGACCAGUUUCUGUAAUCCUUAUUGUAGAAAGAAAAUAGAAUCUAUUUAAUAGUUUUACUCGGUUCAAGUAAGAUAUGACAUGGUUUACUUGGGACUUCAUUCCUCUUAAAUUAUUGUAAUAAUCAACUUGUGGUUCCUUUUUUUCUUUUUUUUUAAUUCAGACUGCCCUUCAUCCCUGUGGCAGAUGGACAAGCUUGUGUUUAAUGUCUGUUUGCUCUAAUAGGCAUGGUUUCGUUUUGCAAUUUCAAGUAUGCGCCAAAGAGUUGCUGUGCGUUCACUCUUUUGUGGUGAGGGCAAGACUUUUGGGGGUUUUGUUUGUGGUGUUUCUGGUUUGUUUUUUUUUUUUUUAAAUCUUGGUUAUUUCUUAAGAAUAAGAAUCUCUUCCGGUCUUUUUUAAAGUAGAAGGGUUUAAUAGUUGCGUGUGGGUCAACUUGUCUCUUUUCUGUUUAAUAUUUAUGCUAUUUUUCAAAUAAGUGCCAAUAAAUGGAAAAGUAAAUGUGUUUUGCUGUUUCUGCACUUUGUUAGAGAGGUAACCAUAACCAUAUUCUUGUUUUAAUCUGUGACUGAAUGUUUUUCUUUUUAAAUCAGAAUAUCUCUUGUGACCCACUUCUACCCAGUCUAGUUUACAUUUAAGUUGGCCCUAAAAUCUGCAGCACCCUUUUCUGCUUUCCUAGUGCAAUGCUAUCCUAAUGUUCUGUGACAGCUCUAGGAAAACCAAAGAAUAAAAUGAAACAUUUUCAAAAGAUGUUAAUAGCUAAAUGUGUCCCUAGUUUAUACUUAGAGGAAGUCGUGGUGAAAUAGUUUGGAAGAUAGAUGUUACAGCUGGCUGGUGGACAGUACUGAGGCUCUUACCUCUUGGGAAGAAGUGUGGAUUCUUUGUGGUUUGCCUUAAUAGGGCAAUUGAUGGUGUUGGAGGAGAGAGAAAUAGUUAUUUAUCUGCAGUCGUUCCUUUCCCUGAUUUUGCAAAAGAGAAAUUACUUUGAACUUGUGGAAGAAGGCGUCUCAAUUUUUUUGUCCAUCCCUGUCAUCAAGAAGAUGCAGUUUUGUGCCCUGGGGUCAGGAGGCAUGGAUAGUUUCUUUUUCCCACCAAAAUGAAAGAUGAAAUUUUGGAAUCAAAUUAUCCUGCAAAAUAUGUAUCUGGAUUCAGGGAAUUAGGGUGUUAUAAAAUUCACAUAAUUUCAGCCCUGUAUGCACAUAGUAGUAACUCAGGCUGUUGGUAUUACCUCUAUUUUACUAAUUCCCCAUUUACUCAUGAAUAAUGAAUAUUGAAGCUUUGCUUGAUUAAAUGUCGUGGUUACAGGACUAUUAGGUAUGGCAUUCCUUCACUGGUCUGAGUUUGUUCCAAGUGUCUAUGCCUUUGUCUUCCUCCGAGAAGAAAUGGGCAGCUUUCUUGUCUCAAGCCAUAUUGGAAGUAUUAUGAUCAUAUAUAUAUAUUUAAAAGCCUAAUACAGAAGUCUACAUUAUUAUAUGUAAACUUUUUUUUACUCUGCAGCUCUUUUGGGGCAUACAGCUGUUUGUUUCUCUCCGGGGUUCUACCACUCUGUGCCAAAGUCAUGCUUCUGAUCAGCACUUGGUCUGGUUGAAAAGUAUCCUGUAGGAUUUGUUGGCAGUGAAAUCGGGUCUUGGGCCAGUGUGUCUUCCUUGACAACUGAUGGAUGUUUUUCUUCCUUCCACCUUCUCCAGAAUGACAUAGUUGCUGAGGGAACAUUGAUAACUGUGCCAGUGCUCAGGGGGACUUUAUUUUUGGAGUGAGCACUUCAGUGGUUACUGCAUUUAGCAGAGGAAUAGAUACUUCACACUAGGAGAGGUACAAAUGCCAGGAAAAAUGAGCCUGUGCAUCAGCGCGAUUAACUUGCUGGGGUCUCCUUCAUGUUGUCAGCAAGCCAGUUGAUCUGAAUACUCAACUGAACAGCUGCCCACGGUCCUCCUGAGAUUAGUACGAGAACUUAAUCCUAACUUCGUUCUUUUCACCUUUCUUCAGAGAACUUGAGUGUAAAUGGUCACCAACCUGUACAAACAAAACAGAUCUCCAAAAUCUUGUAUUGGUGAGACUGAGAUAUUUUGAUUUAUAAAUGUGUAUCAUGGUUCUAAGACUAGGGCUGUAUUUGUGAGUCCGGCCCUGCUAUUGUGAGAAGAUUUGCUAGUGAAGUGACUAAAGGCAGUGACCUCUGGAGCUCCAUCAGCUAGUUUCCAGCUGGAGAACAGCUUGUGCGUUUCUCAGCAGUAGUAUUUCAGAAAUGUUCACUUUAUGCUGUUGUGUUCUUGCAUAUGUUGGAGUCGUAACUCAUUUACUUAAAAUAGAGAGCUUCAGGAGUCGUAAUUAAAAUGUGUGAGCUCUUCAUAUCCUGUUUUAAGCAACCUUUCUCAUCACCAACUGGCAGAUGGAGUUUAAGUUGAUCCCUCUUCUCCUGGAAGUACCGAAUUAAAAUAUUUGUAAACGUAAUUGAAUGUUUACAGCUACAGUACAGCAAUUAAAAUCCAAAGAGGAGCACUUGGCUUGCAAAAGUCCUUUUUAAUAACUGGAUGCAAAAAUUGUCAGCUCACAUUUUGAUUUGGUCUCUGUUUCCCAAGGAUAUGUCCAGGCUGACUUUGUUUUACCUGUAACAGCAGAGUUUCUCUGUAUUACCAAAUAUGUGGGGGUUUUGAAACAGAGCAUCCUUGUUUGAUCUCUGUAUCCACACAAUGAACUUGAGCCCAGCUGAGAGCCAGCCUAGGUCUUGCUCAGGAGAUGCCUUUCCCCUGUCACAGUGGACCCCACGCAGACAGCUGCACUACCCUGCUGGGGUUUUAUGGUAGAAGCAAGAGAGAGGCAGGGGAAAAAAAUAAAAAACUGAAGGAAAAUAACCUUAACCUUGUUGGACUUUCAGUAGCUGGCUUGGGAACAGAAAUUUCAGAGGGGGAGGAGUCAAGUGCAUUUAAACAAAAAACAAAGACGGUUUUGUUGUGCCUUCAUGCUGGUUCCCCUCUGUCUCUCAAGGAACUGGUGGGACUUCCCCAAUCCCAUGAAGAUUCCUCAGACAAAUCUGGCAUUUAUCAAAUUUAAAAUUCUUCUGAUAGCUUAGGUUUUUCUUUUGCUUGCUUCGUAAGAGCCUUGGAAAAUGGUUGUUAUUUAAGACUUCCUGCCAUGAUUAAUAAUGGCAUGUAAAUGUUUAGAAUUUUGCUGGAUGUCAGCUUAAGUAGGAAGAGCUGCUCAAGUGGGAGCAGUUUUCCCUGCAGGUACUAAUCUUUGGAAAUGCGGUUCUCACAAUUACCUUUUCCCCUUGUGUGGAGACAAAUCAAAAGCAUGAUGUGCAUAUCAUGCCUUGGUUUUUGUGGCACAGGAAUGGUGUACUGUGGUGUCUUUCAAGCCAGCUCCAGUCAGGCUGUGUGGCGCUGAAAUCGCUGCAAGAAACUCCCUGCUAAAAAUAAAUCAAGACCCUUCCAUUUUAAGUGUGUUUACUUUAGCAGUUGGUCUCGAUUUUGGAGAUUCCUGGCAGAUUCCUGAGGGAAAGGCGCUGAUGGAUUUGGCGAUGCUGAUGGAACACAGGAUUCCAGAGCCUGGCUGCAGAGUUGUGUCUGUCUCUUGAUGGUGGCUUCUUGUUUGUCAAAGCAUAUACUCAUCUAAUGCCUUGAUGUUUGUACCUCAAGCCACCUAGAGUACCUGCAGUUUCCUAGAGAAGAAUGCUCUUGUUAUUGUAAACUGUAUUUUGUUAUUGUAAAUUGUAUUAUUAAUUCCUCUUUUUUUAAACUAUAAACAUGGAUUUGAGUUCCAUUACAAACCCUUGGUUCUUUUA